ACGGCUCGGCUCGGCUCGGCUCGGCACUGCGCGGUGCGGUGCGGCUGCAGCAGCGGCGGAGGUCCCCAUCUCCGCGCCGCUCCGCGGCCGCCGGCCCGCUCCCCCGAACGUCCCCAUGGCCACCAAAAUCGACAAGGAGGCGUGCAGGGAGGCGUACAACCUCGUCAGGGACGAUGCCACCGAGGUGAACUGGGUGACGUUUAAAUACAACGGCUCUACGAUCGUCCCCGGAGACCAAGGGGUAGACUAUGAAACCUUCAAGAGGAAGUGCACAGAUGAUGUUCGAUUGUUUGGCUUUGUCCGAUUCACCACCGGUGAUGCCAUGAGCAAGCGAGUCAAGUUUGCCCUCAUCACCUGGAUUGGAGAGGAUGUCAGUGGCCUGCAGAGAGCCAAAACCGGGACCGACAAGACUCUGGUCAAAGAAGUAGUACAGAACUUUGCCAAAGAAUUUGUGAUCAGCGACCACAAAGAGCUGGAUGAGGACUACAUCAAGAACGAGCUGAAGAAGGCCGGGGGGGCUAAUUAUGAUGCACAGACUGAGUAACCACAGGAACCUCCUGGCACCAACACCCGGAUCUCCAAGGGAGGGGAAGGCACAGCAAACUAACACAGCUGAGAGAUGAGGCAGCUGAGCCCCCAGCUUUCUGUGUGCACUCCUCAGAACUCCCUUUCUUUGAACACAGCGGACUUCUAUUUUCCAUUCCAUCUCAUCAAACAUUCCUCUCUGGGGUUCUGUUCCUACCCUCUCCCCCCAUUUAUUUUUUAACUCAUAACUCCUUCCAUGUUCUCGCAUCUGUGGAAUUUAAGUUUUGCUCUGCUUUGGUCCAUAUUCAGCACUGUGUUUGUAGCAGCUUGCCAUCCUGUCCUUCUUUGUCUGCAUGCAUGUGUGUAUGUAUUAUUUAGUUGGGCUCAACCUCUGAAGGGAGAAAGUUCUGGGGGAGUUGUGAUCAUGGAUUCUUUUCUUUGUUUUUUCUAAUUGCUUCUCACUGACACUUUUGGGAAUGAUAUUUUUGUCUGAUCUAGGCUCAGGUCAACACGAGUUGAGUGCACUCCAACUUUGAUUAAAUUGUCUAAGCUUCAACAUCCAGCUCAGAAGUGAUCUAGCAGCUUAAAGAACAAAGCGAACAAACAGCAAACCUUCAUCUCUUAAUAAAUGGGAAUAAAUUUGCCUUAAACACUGCUUGACAGUUGCUAUGCUACGUGCUACAUCUCUACCCCUCCCUCUUAAAAAUAAGAUCCAACGCGAUCCGAAUGUGGGGGUUUUGUUCUUUUCUGAAGGUAUCAUGGCACAGUAAACUGGGGGGGCUUAGAAAUGUCUGGACAUUUGUUCACUAUUUUGUGUACUUUGGUCUCUGGGUUUGUAUUUGACUUUCCAAACGCUGGGGCUCAGGAGGCGAAACUGAAACGCGUAGAUUUCCUUUUGAACGUCUGCAUAAAUGGCAGCCGCUGAAUCCUCGCAGCCUUCUCUGCCCGUGAGCCCAUCUUUGCAGCUCAACCCAACAGCCUCAGCGAUGUGGGGCCGCAGGCAGUUCCUCCUGCACUGUGACUGAGGGAUGGAGCAUGGAGCUCUGUCCCAGCCAGGCUGAGACACCCAACAGCUCAGGCUCACAGAUGACCUGGGCACAGUUUGUUUGGUACCAAACUGUCGGUUUGGGGGCUUCUCUGUAUGGCUUUCUUUCUUUUAUUCCAUCAAAGGUAAUGGUCUCCAGAAUCAUGUGUGGGGGAAAACUGUUGUACUGAGGCUUGGAAGUCAGCGCUAUAAACCCAUAUGGAAAUAAAUGUUUUUCAAGAACAGUU